AUGAGCAAAAAUCCCAGAACCACAUGGGGGGACCUAGUGAAUGACCUGCAGAGAGCUGGUACCAAAGUAACAAAGGCUACUAUCAGUAACACACUACGCCGCCAGGGACUCAAAUCCUGCAGUGCCAGACGUGUCCCCCUGCUUAAGCCAGUACAUGUCCAGGCCCAUCUGAAGUUUGCUAGAGAGCAUUUGGAUGAUCCAGAAGAGGAUUGGGAGAAUGUCAUAUGGUCAGAUGAAACCAAAAUAGAACUUUUUGGUAAAAACUCUACUCGUCAUGUUUGGAGGAGAAAGAAUGCUGAGUUGCAUCCAAAGAACACCAUACCUACUGUGAAGCUUGGGGGUGGAAACAUCAUGCUUUGGGGCUGUUUUUCUGCAAAGGGACCAGGACGACUGAUCCGUGUAAAGGAAAGAAUGAAUGGGGCCAUGUAUCGUCAGAUUUUGAGUGAAAACCUCCUUCCAUCAGCAAGGGCAUUGAAGAUGAAACGUGGCUGGUUCAGCUUAGCAGAAGAGAUCAGAACCAGAGCCCAGCAGAGUGUCUAUGAGGAAUAUCAGAUCUGUGGAUCAACCAAAAAAGAUUCAGUAGAUCCAAAGAAAUCUGAACCAGAGCCCAGCUGUGUGUCUGUGAAGAGUGGCAGGUCUAUGGAUCAGCCAGCAAAGCUUGAGAAUGGACAUACACAAUCUGAACUCAAUUCACUUCAACCAAAGAGAUCAGAACCAGACCCCAGCUCUGUGUCUGUGAAGAGUGACAGGUCUAUGGAUCUGCCAGUAAAGGUUAAGAGUGGAGAUACACAGCCUGGCCUCAGCUCAGUACAGCAGAAGAGAUUAGAACUAGAGUCCAGCAGUCCAGCAGUGCCUACGAAAAGACACACAUCUAAGGAUCAAUCAAUAAGUUUGAAAGAAAAUACUCAGCCUGGUCUCAGCCAUGAAGUCCUCAGCACAUUUAGAUCAAAUCUGAUGAAGAAGUUUGAGUGUCUGUAUGAGGGAAUAGCGAUGCAGGGAAACCCAACACGGCUGAAUGAGAUCUACACAGAGCUCUACAUCACAGAGAGUGAGAGUGGAGAGAUCAAUAAUGAGCAUGAGGUGAGACAGAUUGAGACACAAUCCAGGAGAGCAGCAACAGAGGACAAAGCUAUCAAAUGCAAUGACAUCUUUAGACCUUUACCUGGACAAGACAAACCCAUCAGAACUGUGCUGACAAAGGGAGUCGCUGGCAUUGGAAAAACAGUCUUUGUGCAGAAGUUCAUCCUGGACUGGGCUGAAGGGAAAGAGAAUCAGGACGUCCAGCUCAUAUUUCCACUUCCUUUCAGAGAAAUCAACUUGAAGAAGGAUGAAAAACUCAGUCUGUCAGAUCUCCUUCAUAUCUUUUUCCCUGAAACUAAAAAAAUGAAAAUAUCCUGUGAUAAAUAUAAAGUGUUGUUUAUCUUUGAUGGUCUGGAUGAGUGUCGUCUGUCUCUGGACUUUAAGAACAAAGUGAAACUGUGUAAAAUAUCAGAAUCAGCCUCAGUGGACGUGCUGUUGAUGAACCUCAUUGUGGGGAAUCUGCUUCCCUCUGCUCUCAUCUGGAUCACCUCCAGACCAGCAGCAGCUGAUCUUAUUCCCUCUGAGUGUGUCCAUCGAGUGACAGAGGUACGAGGCUUCAGUGAGCCACAGAAAGAGGAAUACUUCAGGAAGAGAAUCAGUGAUCAAAGUCUGGCCAACAGGAUCAUCUCACACCUGAAGUCAUCAAGGAGCCUCUUCAUCAUGUGCCACAUCCCAGUGUUCUGCUGGAUCUCAGCCGCUGUUCUUCAGAAGAUGUUGAGUCAAGCAGAGAGUGGAGGGAUUCCCAAGACUCUCACUCAAAUGUACACACACUUCCUGAUGCUUCAGACCAACAUCAAACAUGAGAAGGACUAUGAGAAGAAAGUGAAGGACGAAGACAUGAUCCUCAAACUGGGGAAACUGGCAUUUCAGCAGCUUGUAAAAGGCAACCUAAUGUUUUAUGAUGAAGACCUGAGAGAGUGCGGCAUUGAUGUGACAGAAGCCUCAGUGUACUCAGGAUUGUGCACUCAGAUCUUCAGAGAGGAGUUUGGCUUGUAUCAGGGGAAAGUCUUCUGCUUUGUUCAUCUGAGCCUUCAGGAACAUCUAGCAGCUCUAUAUGUGCACCUCUCCUUUACAGUCAAGAACAUCAAUGUGUUUGACCAUACAAAACAAAGUCUGUUGUCUAAGAUUUUUAACCAGAAGAAAUAUGAUUCAUUAUCUGAGCAGCAUCAAAGAGCUGUGAAUGAGGCUUUACAGAGUAAGAAUGGACAUCUGGAUCUUUUCCUGCGUUUCCUUCUGGGUCUCUCAGUGGAGUCUAAUCAGACUCUUUUACGAAAACUACUGACACAGACAGGAAGCUGCUCCUACAACAAAGGGGAAACAGUUGAGUACAUCAAACAGAAGAUCAGGGAGAAUCGCUCUCCAGAGAAAUCCAUCAAUCUGUUUCACUGUCUGAAUGAACUGGGUGAUGAUUCACUAAUUCAGGAGAUCCAGCGUUAUCUGAAAUCUGGAAAAAUCAGAGAAACCGAACUUUCCUCUUCACAGUGGUCAGCUCUGGUUUAUGUUUUGCUGACGUCAGAGCAGAAGAUGGAUGUUUUUGAUCUAAAACAGUUUAUUGGAGCAGAAACCAAAGCAGGUCAAUUUCUUCAGAAUAUGUUACCUGUGGUCAAAGAAUCGAGAUCUGUUUGGCUAUGUCAAUGCAAUGUCACUGCUCAGUCUUGUGGGAGUUUAUCAUCAGUUUUACGAUCCUCAAACUCUGUCCUGAGAGAGCUGGACCUGAGUAACAAUGACCUGAAGGAUUCUGGAGUGAAGCUUCUUUCUGAUGGACUGAAGAGUCCAAAUUGUCAGCUGGAGAUACUGAGAUUGUCUGGCUGUAUGGUGACAGAGAAAGGCUGUCGUUAUGUGUUUUCAGCUCUGACUUCAAACCCCUCACACCUGAGAGAGCUGGAUCUGAGCUACAAUCACCCAGGAGAUUCAGGAGUCAAACUACUCACUGAAAAACUGUUGGAUUCAACCUGCUCAUUGGACAAACUGAAUGUGGAUCAUGGAGGAGAAUCCAGGAUUACAGCAGGACUGAAGAAAUGGGCCUGUUUUCUCACACUGGAUCCAAACACAGCAAACAAUUAUCUCAUUCUGUCCGAGGAGAACAGAAAGGUGACAAAUGUGAACAAGAAUCAGUCGUAUCCUGAUCAUCCAGACAGAUUUAAUCAUGUGUGUCAAGUGUUGUGUAGAGAGAGUGUGUGUGGACGCUGUUACUGGGAGAUUGAGUGGAGUGGACGAGACGUGUGUAUAUCGGUGUCAUAUAAAAUCAUCAGCAGGAAGGGAGGUGUUGAAUGUGUGUUUGGAUGUAAUGAUCAGUCCUGGAGUUUGAUUUGCUCCUCUGACAGAUACUCAUUCAGACACAGUGACAUACAGACUGAUCUCACUGUGAAACCCAUCAGGUGUUAUAGAAUAGGACUGUCUGAUAAUUUCGGUAGAAUAGGAGUGUAUGUGGAUGAGAGUGCAGGAACUCUGUCCUUCUACAGCGUCUCUGACACAAUGAGUCUCAUCCACGCAGUCCAGACCACAUUCACUCAGCCACUCUAUGCUGGGUUUGCUGUUUAUCCUGGAUCAUCAGUGAAACUGUGUUGA